AUGUCGACUGCAGUGCUGCCAUCUCUUGAAAGAGCUCAUUGCCAAGCUCCGGGGAUGCUACUUCCCAUCAUCACAUCAAUCGCUUCACUGAUCGGGUGCUUUUACGUCGUUGGGACUUAUUUACGAGUCUUGGCAUUACGUCAACACCCGGCUGGGAUCAUGUUUGGCAUGAGUUUGUAUGGAGCCAUGUACCAGUUUCUGUAUCUGCUGGAUCAAGCCUCGAGUUCCGUGCAGUGUGGAGAUAUCGGCAUCAUUGUGGAUUUCUUCCUUACGGGCCAAGAGACGUAUAUGCUUAUCUUUGCAAUCGACUUGCUGCUCGUGCUGAAGAAUCCGUUCUCGGCUUCGAAAGGACAAAUGACGAAAUACCACAUCUUUGGUGGUCUAUGGAGUUUAUUGUGUGCGGUGGUCUCACACUUUGACACGCGAUACGCUCUCUUCGGCUUUUGCUGGCUCCGAUCCAGUUGCGAUAUCCUCACGGGGUCACAAAAUCAAGAUGACGGGCCCCACAUGUCAGACAGCACCAUCAACUCGGGUGUGUUCUUUGCUUUGUACAUCAUCGUUGUGUACUGCACGUCGCUGAUUGCAAUUGUCCGCACGUGGAACACAUUUGUCAAAGGGCUGCCGGACACGUUUCUUACGCGAAAGCGGAUCCAGCGUCAUCUGAAAUACUACGUGGGCUGCUAUUUCGGAUACUGGACAUUGGUCUUGGCAUGCUACACGGUAUUCAAUUUCUUGCCGCAUCCAGCUGGAACCGAAGGAGGGCUCCGUUGUCGAAUGUGGCACAUCUUGUCCUGCUUAUUGCUUGCCAAAGGAUUGGUGCAUGCUUUGAUAUGGACACGGACGUCAAAUAUCCUACGGAUCGUUCAGCAGCUUCGGAUUGAUGCGACUGAGGAUUGUCCAACUCGAGACGAAAGCUGGGAUGACAAUAUCAACUGGGCACUCCGACUGGAAAUUCUCACGAAUACUACCAAAGGAAUUUGUCAGAGCGUCGAUCGAGCUGAAGAACAAGCACGAGCGUCUAUCGGGUCAUCCGUUCAAUUCGAGUCCACUGUAUCUGUUUCGUCGCUCGAAGAAGGAGCUGUGGGUCGUUCGGUGGACUAUUGUGAUCGAAAAGAGAGCUACACUCAGAUCGAAGAACUGAUACUGGAAAACCGCAAUGACAAUCGAGCACAUGGUUCACGAACGGAAGGUGUAGUCUUCAAGGACUUUGCACCUCAUGUCUUUCGCCGUCUUCGAGAGGAAGCCAAGGUCUCAAGCGAAAGCUAUCGCAAUUCGUUGCAGCAGACUACCAAAGAGAGAGUGAGUGAGGGCAAGAGUGGAGCUUUUUUCUAUUUUACUGAAGACCGCAAGUACGUCGUCAAGACCCUCACAAGUGAGGAGCUCAAUUUUCUGCUAAGUAUUCUGCCGCAAUAUUACACCUUCAUGAAGAGGUACCCUGAUACAUUCGUGACACGCUUUUUUGGCUGUCACGGGCUCACGAUGUACGGCAAGACGGUCUUUUUCGUGGUCAUGCAGAGCGUCUUUGCUUCAUCACUCCCUAUUCACGAGCGCUUUGACCUGAAAGGUUCGUGGGUUGGUCGCCUUGAGGGUCGGAAGCCAACGGGUACAAUUGCUGCCUGCAAAUUCUGCAAUGCGGAUUUCACGGUUGGCGGGAGUCAUGACCAGCGCUGCAAUGUGCGUCGAGAAGGCAAUAUGAAUCAUCAGUACGACCAAGUUGGCAAGGAUCUCAAUUGGAAUCGUCACAUGGCACUGCCAUAUUUAACGGCGCGAGCGGUUGCAGUCCAGUUGACAACCGAUUCCGAGUUCCUCUGCAGUAUUAACUGCAUCGACUACAGUCUGCUCGUAGGAAUUCAUCACCGCAGCUUUUACGUCUCGCAUUACUCCUCCGCUGACAGUUAUGACUCAUCGGCGCUUGAAAGACACAAGAGUUGCCUCAGCAUGAGUAGUCAAGCUCAAGCUGUUGACCAAAAUGGUCGAAGCAACAGCAGUGAGGCUUACAGCUUAAGCUACAUCCAAAAUUGCAGUUCUGGUGCUGGGAAGCAGAAGCGUCGAGGCUACGAUUGUACUUCUGGUACUAACGAGACAAAGAAGCCGCUUCAGCAAUCUGCACAUGGAGGAAUGAGCGUGGACGAAGUUCAUGGGCCAGGUCUGUACUAUCUCGGACUCAUUGACAUGCUUCAGCAAUGGAAUUUCCGCAAGCGAGUCGAGCGCUUUGUCCGUGUAUACAUAUUGCUACAAGAUCGACUUGGCAUCUCAGUGGCGAAUCCACGACAGUACGCCGACCGGUUUCAGCAACGGGUGAUAAAGGAGCUCAUCUAUGAUGCAGCUGCUUUGCCCGGACGCGACCAUCAAGACAGUGUUUCCUUCACGCAGCUGCAACUCCAGAACCAACGCAAUGAGUUACUAGUGGGAUCCAAUCACACUUUGAGCACGAUGAUAGCUUCUUUGGACGGAAGUGCCUCGACAUUUACCAGUCAACCCCCUACUCAGAUCGACUCGUUUGCCAACAUGAUGAUGUCGCCUAAUGCAGGUGUCAAUUUGAAAAUCGAGAAUUCUCCUUCGACACCUCCUCAUGCGCCUGCAGUGUCACAGAAGAAACGAGUCGGAGCUUGUGGUAUUUCAGCACGGCAUCUUUCCUACUGUGCGGGGAACCGAAGUAGCUGCUGCAGUUCCGGUGGAAUCGGGCGACUAUCAGGUGGGUUAAUGAUGGAAGUUUCAGGUAUUGGAGCCAACAUGUCGGUUGUGUACCCAACCUUGGAUGCGGUUCCGCCACAUCUUCGCCGACCACUAGCUCCGCUGACACCAUCCCCGCGAGCGUCGUUAGUCGUUCAAGGCGAUUCGGAAUUUGCUAAGAUGAGUUCUCAGCAUCCACACACCUCGAGUAGCUCGAAGGAGAUACCCUAUUGUGGACGACGACAAGGCAAUGGCAUGCACAUUGGUAAAAGUGCUGCAAACGUUGUGCUUUUCGAAAGAGAGGUGCUACGACCGCAAUCCAGUAUCUCGGAUUACCUGCCAUACCAUGUGCAUCCCAGCGUUUCUUGA